AUGAUGUUACCCAAACCUGGGAUCUAUUACUUUCCUUGGGAGAUCAGUGCCGGCCAAAUUCCUGAUGGGGGCUCACUGAGAACAUUUGGCAGGUUGGGCCUCUACGACAUGACCCAGUCCUCCAUGACACUGGUGGCUCAGCAUGGGUCUGAUGAGCACCAGGUCGUGGUCUGUACCAAGCUGGUGGAACCAUUCCAAGCCCAGUUGGGUGCCCUGUACGUUGUCCUUGGGGAGCUCGAACACCAGGAAGAUGGAGGUGUCAUGGUGAAAGCCCGGGUUCUGACUUGCGUGGAAGGAAUGAAUCUACCCUUGUUGGAACAAGCCAUCCGGGAGCAGAGGCUGUACCAGCGAGAGAGGGAGAGCAGUUGA